GAGAUUGUUUUGUAUGUAAUGAAUUUUUUUUCCCUUAUCCACUUUCUUGAUCAUCAUCGUCCAAUCAUGGCCGAGAAAUGUGACACGUCAUCAUUUUUAAAUUAUUAUUAUUUAUUUAUUUAUUUUUGUGGUGAAUUUUUUUAACUAUGUUAAAAGGUAAAGAUUAAAAUAGUAGAUGGCUAAAUUUAACAGCGGUCUAAUUACAGCUGUAAAAUCACGUGUAUGGUAGAAAUGCGAAUUAGAGGUGUUCCUUGAAAGUGGAGGACCCUCGUCAAGCGAUUUCUUUGUAUUUUCCAACCUCCAAAAGGCCUAAAUACGCUCCCAAUUCUGCAUUUUCUUGGUGGUUCUGAAGCUUUUUCCCGCUGCUCGCCAUAACUUGGAUGAUUUUUCUUCUAAUUUCCCACUGACACCAUGCCUAAACGGGUUCUUUGCAAGUUCUCCGCCCAUGGGGCAUGUCUGAAAGGGGAGCAUUGCGAAUUCUCGCAUGAUUGGAAGGACCCGCCGUUCAAUAUUUGCACUUUCUAUCAAAGUGGAGUUUGCGCUUAUGGUAGUCGGUGUCGAUAUGAGCACAUCGAUGUUGCUGAAACUUCAGCUCAUGGUGCAGUGGCUGAAGAAAAUCAUCCUAAUGCUCGUGGCGAGGAAUGUCCAAUCUGUGGGAAACAAUGCCUGCAGCCUCGAGAAAGAGAAGAGCAUUCAAAUGUGUGUGAGGGAAGGAGAAAGCAUAUGGAAGCACUAAGAACGAGUCAGGAAAUAGAAUGCUGUGUGUGCCUUGAUCGUGUACUCUCGAAGCCCACAAGAGCCGGAAGGAAAUUCGGCAUUCUUUCAGAGUGCGAUCAUCCAUUCUGCAUAUCGUGCAUCAGGAAUUGGCGCAGCAGUUCUCCAGCAUCCGGCCUCAAUAUCAAUUCUGCACUACGAGCUUGUCCUGUAUGUCGAAGGCGAUCUUACUUUGUCAUUCCUAGUGCAACUUGGUUUUCUUCAAAAGAGGAGAAACACGAAAUCAUUAACAAUUACAAGAAGAAGUUGAGCACGAUCGAUUGCAAAUACUUUGAUUUUGGGAAGAGGACUUGUCCUUUUGGGGCUGGUUGUUUUUACAAGCAUGCAUAUCAAGAUGGUCGUCAAGAAAAGGUUGUUCUUCGCAUCGGGUCUGGAGAUGAAAACACUGUGAUUACUAAAAAAGAUUCGGCCUUCGAACAUUCUUAGUAAUUCACAGCCAGCGUGAAUAAAGCUUAACAAAAAUUCUUCAAAACGUUCACUUCUGAAAUGUAUUCACCCCGGGCACCGGCGCGCUUAAUUCUGCUGAUGUUUUGACCGUUAAAGGAACAUUCGAGCUUUUUGUCCUAAGGUUUCAUUCCUCGUAUAAAAGUUUUGGUUUUAAAAUCUCUAGCGAGGCGACAACAAUCAGACUACCCCAAAAGCCAAAAGAGGACGUCCAACAUUGCCUCCGAUGUAUCGAACAACAAGAACGGAUUAUAUAUCGGAAUUUUUGAAAAAAAAAAAAAAAGAA